AUGUUGGAAUCUGCUUUGAAAUUUCAAAAGGCUUUUGAACGGUUGGAAGAUGAAGAUGAUGACUAUGAGGCAUAUUUCACUAAAGGGGACAUCUCUAGGCGUGAAGGCCCUCCUGAAGCUAAUGAUUGGAAUAAGGCAAGAGUAUUUCUCAAAUUCUUGAAGGUGUUCUAUGAUAUAACUUUAAUGUUUUCAAGUUCACUAAAUGUCACUUCUAACACUUGUUUCCACCAAAUUGCCCUAAUUCAUGAGUUGUUGGAAGAGAACAUUGUGAAUGCUGAUCCUUUGCUUUUGGAGAUGUCCUUUAGCAUGAGAAGUAAGUAUGAAAAAUAUUGGGGUCAAACAGAAAACAUGAAUCCUUUGCUCAUUGUAGCUGUGAUUUUAGAUCCUCGGUAUAAACUUGCUUAUGUGUAUCAUAUCUUUGAACAACUUUUUCAUGAUGGGGAAGUUUGCAUGGCCAUGAAAAUUAAGACCAGAGAUGUCUUGCACCGCAUGUUUGAUGAAUAUUCUGUUGGACAAACAAGCAAUGGUUCUUCAAGCAAUGCUGGUUCUUCAAGCAAUGCUACUUCUUCUGUACUCCCAGGAUCAUCAACAUCAGCAAUGCUACAAAGCCAAGUGGGUAGAGAUCCAGGUCGCAGAUGGUUAGCUUCUCAAAAAGAAAAAAGCUCUUCUGACCCACAAUCAGAAUUGGAUAGAUAUCUUUCAUCUACUUCAGCUGAUGAUAGCCUUAUUGAUGAUGAUUUUGAUAUCUUAGCAUGGUGGAGAGCUAAUUCUGGCAAAUAUAAGAUUCUUUCUAGAAUGGCACGUGAUGUCUUGGCCAUUCCAGUGUCUACAGUGGCCUCUGAAUCAGCCUUUAGCACUGGGGGACGUAUAGUGGACUCUUAUAGGAGUUCCCUAUCCCCAUCAAUGACUGAAGCAUUGAUUUGUUCCCAGAAUUGGCUACUCCCUGGGCAAUCUCUCUCUGAAUUUGCAUCCAUGCUUCAAGAGUUUGAUAACUUUCAAGAGACAGACGGUGUGGUGAAGACCGAUCAUUCCACUAUUACUGAUGUUGGGGAGGAUGUUGAUGAUCUUUUUGAUGGUUGA